AUGGCUUCACUCCUUCUAUCCAUCCUCAUGGGUGUGUCGGCUCUGGCAGCCCAUCACCACCACCUCCUGCCUCGAUCGACAACAGCCACCGUCAGUCUCAACAAGACCUACCAGACCAUGGACGGCUUCGGCUUCUCCCAAGCCUUUGGCCGUGCAAGCGAUCUGUACAAUCUCCCGUCCACCCAGAGAAAGUAUGCUCUCGAUCUCCUCUUCAACACCACGUCGGGGGCUGGCAUGACCAUCCUGCGUAACCGCAUCGGCUCGGGCGGCGAAGGCGACAGUAUCGAGCCCAACAGCCCCGGAUCACCCGAUGCCACGCCGCAGUAUGCCAGCCUCGGCUCAGACUCCAACCAAGUCUGGGUGACGCAGCAGGCGGUACAGUACGGCGUGGAGACUAUCUACGCCGAUGCGUGGAGUGCCCCGGGAUUCAUGAAGACGAACAACGACCAGUCGAAUGGAGGAUAUCUGUGCGGAGUGACGGGCGAGACGUGCGACAGCGGAAACUGGAUCCAGGCGUAUGUCAACUUCCUGGUGCAGUAUGUCAAGGAUUAUAGGGACCUGGGGUUGAACGUCACUCAUCUGGGGUUCUUGAAUGAGCCGGACUACGUAACCUCUUACUCCUCGAUGCAAUCCGACGGAUACCAAGCAGCGGACGUGAUCAAAGUGCUCCACCCCGCCCUGCAAAGCGCCGGCCUCGAAGACGUAGGCAUCACCUGCUGCGACUCCAUGGGCUGGGACGACCAGAAAACACGCACCCAGCAGCUCAUCUCGGCCGGCGUGGAAGACAUGCUCUCAAGAAUCACCUCGCACUCGUACUCGUCUGACCCCACCAGCCCCAUGGGUGCCUCCAUCCCCGUGUGGGAGACAGAGAAUGCGGAUCUGUCCGGCGCGUGGGACACGAACUGGUACUACAAUGGUAGCACCGGGGAGGGCCUGACGUGGGCGAACAAGAUCUACUCGGCCAUCGAGGAAGGCGGCGUCAGCGCGUACCUGUACUGGGAGGGGAUCGAAGUGGGAACCACGAACUCGUGUCUGAUCACUAUCCAGGGGACGACGGUCGUGCCGUCUGGGCGACUGUGGGCUUUUGGGAUGUGGAGCCGGUUUGUGCGUCCUGGAGCGGUCAAAAUUGAUAUCUUGGGGAGCACGUCGACGGUGAAGUUGAUGGCGUUUAAGAAUACGGAUGGAAGUGUGACGGUGCAGAUUUUGAAUAUGGGAUCGUCUGAACAGCCGGUGAGUGUGGGUGGGUUUAGGGCUGCGUCUGUCAAGGGGUAUGUUAUGGACAGCGAUCAUCAAGAGAUUGGAGACAUCACUGCGUCUAUCAGUGGUGGUGUUGCCCGUGUCAACGCCCCGGCGUACUCCAUGGUCAGUCUUGUCUUGAGAGGCAGCGCCUGA